UGUCCUCCGCCAACCAGCAUGGCGCACGUCGCGUCUCUCAGCGCUGUGGGCUCCCGCCUGUCUCGUCUGCCUCUUCCUCGCCUCGCCUCCUCGCUCGCCGCAUUCCCCGCCGCCAGCAUCUCUGCUCCUGGCCUCGCCUCGUCCCGCCACAAUGAGCGCGUCUCUCGCCGUGCAUUCGCCCGCAUGGCGCCAGCCGUCACGGCGUCCGCGGCGGCACCGCGGGUGGCGGCGGAGGCGGGUCCUUCGGUGCCCGUGGCAGACCUGCUCGCGGCGGCGGAGGCUGCAGCGAACAAGGGCGCUGCGGUGAUCAUGGCGGCCCUGGACAAGCCCCGCGACAUCACGUACAAGGGCGCCACGGACCUCGUCACCAACACGGACCGCGAGAGCGAGGCGGCGGUGGUGGCGGAGAUCCUGAGGCGCUUCCCGUCGCACCUGCUGCUGGGCGAGGAGGGCGGGGUCACUGGCGACGCCUCCUCGCCCUUCCUCUGGUGUGUCGACCCCCUCGACGGCACAACCAACUUCGCCCACGGGUACCCAUCCUUCGCCACGUCUGUCGCGGUGCUCUUCCGCGGCAAACCCGUCGCCGCCUGCGUCGUGGAGUUCGCAGGAGGGCCGCACUGCUGGGUCACUCGCACCUUCACUGCCUCUGCAGGCGGAGGAGCGUUCUGCAACGGGCAUCGCAUCCAUGCCAGCACCACGGACAAGGUGGAGCGGGCGCUGCUGGUGACGGGGUUUGGGUACGAGCACGAUGCCGCAUGGGCCGCUAACAUCGACCUCUUCAAGCACUUCACUGACGUCAGCAGGGGAGUGCGGCGCCUGGGAGCGGCGGCGGUGGACAUGUGCCAUGUGGCGCUGGGCGUGGUGGACGCCUUCUGGGAGUUCCGCCUCAAGCCCUGGGACAUGGCUGCUGGCGUCCUCAUAGCGGAGGAGGCGGGUGCGAGGGUGACGUGCAUGGACGGCGGGGACUUCUCUGUCUUUGACCGCUCCGUGCUCAUCACCAACGGGCCCCUGCACCACCAGAUGCUGGCGACCAUCGCGCCCACCACCAUGGCGCUCAUUGCUGACGGCUUCGACUUCUCACAUUGGCUCAAGCCAGCGGAUUACGAAUCCGACGUCUAGCUGCCGCCUUGCCAUUCACAUGUCUGUUAAGGGUGUGUCAUAAGAGUACGUCCGAAUGCGGUUGAGUGAGGUGGAUUGCGUUUCAAGGAACUCCGUAACAUGGUCUGGUGGCGGUAGGGUGUUGGCUGAAAAAGGAACGCUUGGGACACGCCCUUGGGUGUGCACGUGGGUGUGAGCCGCAUCUAGGCACAUUGGUUCCGCGUGCUCGCUCCAGCAGCGGAUGCCAUGCCAUAGCCCCACGGAAAAGCGAGGGUUUCAUUUGCUUCUGUGCGCUGUGCCGCGUUAGGCAAGCCGGCACGUCACAUUUUUGUGAACAUGAAGCGAACACCAAAGAUUUGCGAAAACAAUCAGUUUCACGACACUCGUCACAGUGUCGCGGCAUCCCGGAAAUUACCGUAUUCUCCCGGAU